UGGAGGGUGAUCUUUCUUUCUCACCCAACAAGACCUCCCAAGGCAGGUUAAAUGUGGCAGCAGGAGAAUAGUAAGACUUCCCCACAUCCCUUCUUCUGGGACAUGGAUGUAGAGGUCAAGGUCCUUAGCUGAACAUCAAAGAAACAUGUGGCUCAGGUUCUGUUCUCAAGUUGGGACAAAAUUGGGGGGAAAUUCUGAUAUUUGAGGCUUGCACUUUCCUAAAUCCCUGCAAGUUGUUCCUCAACCCUGGGUAAAACAAUGGUCCGAGAAGCAGUUCCACUCUGCUCGUGUGUGUGACCGAAAUGCAAAUGUUACGGUGAGCAAGAGGAGGAGGAGACAAGAGGUGCCAGGGCUGUGCUGACACACCAAAAGGCUGCUGAUCAGAAGUAGAACUUCAUCUCACUGGCCAGGAGCUUUCUUCGUGCUGGGACAGUUUGAAGAUACGAUUUUGAAAAUGAACUUUAGGGGGAUUUUUCUAGCCAAGUGCCUGGUGGUUUUAUUCUCCUGUGUAAAAGGGUCUGAAAACAAAAUCUAUACGGAAUAUGGUAUUCGGGAUGGUUCUGUUUUCUUGAACAUUACUGGCUUCAAAGAGGAAAAGCAACAGGAAGUAAUAUGGCUCAAAAAUUCAUCACGCCUCGCGAAAGACAAAGGUUCUGACGUGAGAUAUUACAAGGCUGGGAAAAAGUAUGAGCUGUUCCCCAAUGGAACCCUGAAAAUAAACCGCCUGGUGGAAGAGGACAGUGGAAAUUACAAAGUGACCGUGUACAAUAGCACGGGAAAUCUGCAAGUGGAGGAGAACUUUAUUCUGAGCGUUCAGGAAAUGGUCACUAAACCAGAAAUCAAAUGGACGUGUUCACAAAAGUCCAUAACGGUGACAUGUGAGGUGAAACAGAAGAACAAACCUGCUUUACGUUUGCUUCAAAAUAACAAGACACUCUUUGAAAGACAGCCAACAGUUGCAAAUGGCAUAUGGAAGAUUGAAUAUCAACACAAGGCUAAAAGCCAUACUGCAAAGUUCCAAUGUGAAGUUAAAAAUGACAUUAGCAUGAAAACUACUGAUCAGGAAAUCAAAUGUUCAGGGCCGCUGGACAUUAUUCUCAUCGGGAGCAUUGCAGGAGGUGCAGUUGUCUUUGUCAUCUUUUUGGCUCUGCUGAUUUACUGUAUCAGGAAGAAGAGAGCAGAAAGAUAUGAAGAAGAGGAUGAAGAGACACCGAUGCAAAUUCAACAAUUGAGCGACGAAUCGAAAUAUCGGGAGCUUCCUAAACCUCCAGUUCACGCUCCCCAGAAGCAGCCACGCCAGCAGCAGAGACCCCCUCCACAGUCUCAAACUCAGUACCAGGCAGGGCCUCCCCGGCCCAGGCCACGCACUCAGCAGAAAUCUCCAAGCCACAUGAAAGAGAGACCUUAAGCAUCUGUCCUGUAGGAACAGAACCUGUCUCACUACUUGCUCUGGUGGGACUUGCCACAAAAAUAACCUUGCAAAUAGCCAGCAAUCCCCCAGAUUGGCCGCUUUUGUUGUGGAAGAUCACUGUCUAUACUGAAUGGCUGAUGAAAAGGCGUUCCACGAUGGAGACUUGAGGUGAUCACAGGUUACUACCUUGGCCAUUUUCUUCAAGUGACUCCAUGCUAAUGUGGGACAUUUUAGUCCUGAAAUCUGCUUCCUUUUUGUUUCAUUUGGUUGUACCUCUCCUUGCCAACUUCUGGUCUAAUUUAUUUUUUUGGGGGGGAGGGGGGACAGGGAGGGGAGGACGGGCCUAAGACUCUAUUGAGAUGACUUUCAUCACGUGUAUCUCUUUCUCCCUUUACCUGCACUCCCAUCCAAACACCCCUCUAGCUGUUGCAGCCAGUCAUUUGAUCACAUGGAGAGGAAAAUAGUUGUGUUAAUUGUAAUGAAGGCCUGACAUAUUGGAGUGCUGGCAAGAAACUGCAACUUUAUUUCUUGGCUACAGUGACAUGCCCUGGUUCAGGGUUCCCAAGGCAGAUGUACUUGUCACGUGACAGGAGCCAGUUUCCAUUGGUGUGUGAGAUUCCUGCACAGUAAUACGUACUACCAACCAAAACCAAGUAGUCUAAUUAAUAACUACUUUCUCUGAACCUUGUUGGCUCUCUCAUCCCAUGGCCACUUUGUGCUCUCAAAAGAGGCCCAGGUGUGGUGGCCAGCGCAGCUAUUACAGUUGGUGUGCCACCUGGAGCCAGUCAAGUGUACCAGAGAGGAGGAAUUCACCCUCUUGCUUUUUCUAUGAUACUACUUGCUUCCAGGAAAGUCUGGAAAUGCUGCAGUGCUGUCUUCUGCUCCUCUCCCACGGAGGGAUUUAGGAGGCCUCGUUUGCUCCAUUUCUGUGAAGGACUUGGUUUAGGGCAACACCACGUAAUCCAUCUGACACCUGCAUCAGCAUUCUGAAAGCAAAUAGCCUUGUAUUGACACAGGCCAGGGGACCCAGUGGUUCCAGUAAUUCUUUCUUUGACAAAGGAGGACAUGCUCGGCUGGUCUGCAGUCAGCACCACAUGUCUCUGGGACACUGGGUGUAGUGCAGGGGUUCUCAAACUGGGGGUCGGGACCCCUUAGAGGGUCGCAAGGUUAUUACAUGGGGGAUCAUGAGCUGUCAGCCUUCACCCCAAACACCACUUUGCCUCCAGCAUUUAUAACGGUGUUACAUUAAAAACACAUUUUUAUAUAUUUAUAAGGGGGGGGGGGUUGCACUCAGAGGCUUGCUAUGUGAAAGGGGUCACCAGUACAAAAGUUUGAGAACCCCUGGUGUUCUAGGAAAGACAUUCUUGCUUAUUCAUAGGCAACAUAUGGGGGGGCAUGCAGGGGCAAGUGCCCCGCCACCCACCCCACAGAUUUCUGCUUGGACUGCAGGGAGGAGGGAGAGAGGCUUUGUCCUUCUCCUGAUGGGCCUGCCGCCCCGGCAUGCUCUGCCUCUGUCCCUGGCAGCCGGAACUGGGUGGGGAGGGAAGGGGAGGAGACCAGUCACUUCUCACACCGACUGCUCCGGGUCACUGCUCUGUGCAGCACAGCCACUGCCGGAGAGAGAGAGCCUGGCUGGGGAGGUGGUGGUGGCAGCCUAUUCCCCACCUGGGCCCAGCAGACAGGGACAGGGGCCAAGCGAGACAGAGUUCCCUCCCCCCCCCCCGGCCCGGGGCACAUUUCCGGCUUGCUCGGCCCCUGUCCACGGUAGCCAGGUCCAGGCGGGGAGCAAGCUGCUGCCACAGUCACCUCUCCAGCCGGGCUCUCUCUCUGGCAGCUGCCCUGCCACACAGAACAGUGACCCGCAAAGUGGCUCUGUCCCGCUCCCCAGGGAGAGUGGCCAAAUGUGCCAUGGGGAGGUGCAGCAGGAGAAGGGCAGAGCCCACCCACCCCCAGCUAACUGUGGUGGGGAAGGGAGAGCAUGGCGACUGCAGGCUGGGCGCAGGGCCGGGGGGUCGCUGGGCAGAGGAGACAUGUGGGGCUGUCAUGUGUCCUCCCCUUUAGAGUGUGGCCCCCCAGCAUCAGGAGGCACGAGUUGUCCGUGCCUCUCACCUUUGGCGAGUCUCAUGACUUCUCUGAUUCGCAGGUUGAUCAGCUGGGUCAGCAGAGGCCCCAUGUUUCUAUUUUAUUCACUGUAUUGUCUGGCUAGUUAAAGCAGCUCCUCUGGUGCUGGUGACAGCACACUGAGCAAGGGGCAGGGACGGAGACGUGAGAGCCAUUCUCAAUAGCACUGGCUGGAGCUUGCUACUGGUGCCACGUAAGGUAGAUGAAUGUAUGGUAGUUCUUUCAGGCUCCGAGUCUCCAAUGUAUUUCUGUGGCGUUAAAAGGUGUAUCCUUAUUUCUCUUCACAAAUGUGCUCAUUUAUGACCUGCCAGGUGCAGGGAAGAGACAUGUGGGGAAGGAGGCCCCUGCAUGUCCCGCCAAGGGGCCAGUUGUUGUACUUUGCUUUUUCCUCAGAAGCCGGUCCAUCUGGAUGGAAAUAUUACUCAUGCCAGGCCCAGCUUUCUGCAGUGUGUGCUAAUGGUUUGACUAAUUUAAGGUUUAUUUUUUUUAAAUGGCUUGUACUCUAUUUUGUAUAUGAGAUAUCAGCCUAGUACUGCAUAAAUAAAGAUUAGAGAGUG